UGAAAUAGACACCCGCGUGAGGAGGAAACGUCACAUUACUUCGACCCUCUCUGAUCGCGCAGGGAUCUCUCUUCGGCUGGGAGGCUGCGAAAGGCAGCGAUCCGCGGACUAAUUCAGACGCAGCUUCAAAGGAGGCGGAGUGAUCCCUCCUGCCCACGACCCACGUAAACCGAGUCCCCUCUCGGACCCACAGCCACACUGUCAGAGCGACGCCAGGGAUGAAGCAACGCGGCUGCGAAACGCACGGAUUCUGCCCACACACUCCCGAGUCUCUUUUAAGGAUUUAAGCUUGUUUUCUCUUUAUUUCUGGCAAAUGCUGUAACCGUCCGUUUUUUUUUUGAGCGCUGGCUUCUUUUACCCUACACAUGCAUUUUUCAACCAUUUACACGAGAAUUGGGUCAUGAUCACAUCGCCCACGGUCUCUGUCCUGAGAAAUAGCACGAAUCCAGCGUGGGAGAGCGGCUCCUCGGGGGAGAAGGGAGCAGCGAAGAUCAGCCAACUGUCCGUCUAUAACUCAGUCUCUCCCGCAGACCCCUCUCGCCAAGCCAGUCGGCUUCCCAUAAAGGUUUUGAAAAUGCUUACGGCUCGGGCAGGACACAUUUUACACCCGGAGUACCUUCAGCCUUUACCGUCCACUCCUAUCAGUCCCAUCGAGCUGGAUGCCAAGAAGAGUCCGCUGGCCCUUUUGGCCCAAACGUGCUCUCAGAUCGGCAAACCGGACCCGCCGUCGUCCUCCAAGCUGUCCUCUGUAACCUCGAAUGGAUCUAGUGACAAGGAGGGCAGAUCCGGCCCGUUGAAGAUGAGUGACAUCGGAGCCGACGACAAAUCUAGCUUCAAACCUUACUCGAAAUCGUCAGACAAGAAGGAUUCGAGCAGCAGCAGCCUCAGUGGAGAUAAAAACAGUUUCCGAGUGCCUAGCGCCACCUGUCAGCCGUUCACCCCCAGGACAGGCAGCCCCAGCUCCUGCACCUCAGUUUCUCCACUGCCGUCUGAUGGCAAAGCGGGGGACAAGGAGGAAAAGAAGGAGUCCGACAGCAAUAAAAGCAGCACGACAGAGAACAGCGGCAGCCAUAGGAUAAGUGGAAUUACCUCUGACGGCAACCAGCACCAAGAAAACACAUCUGGGUCUAAGACUGUUACAUCAGACUCUACGUCCGUAACCUCAUCCUCCUCCUCCGUCCUCGGCUCUGGACUGGUGGCCCCCGUGUCCCCCUAUAAGCCCGGCCAUACAGUUUUUCCCUUGCCACCUGCUGGCAUUUCCUAUCCUGGAAGUUUAGCGGGUGCGUAUGCGGGCUACCCGCAGACGUUCCUCCCUCCCGGAAUGACCCUUGACCCCACCAAAUCCAGCAGCCAGCUUUUGAGCGCGCAGUUUGCAGCUGCCAGCUCACUGGGAUGCAGUAAAGCAGGAACUAGCCCCUUAGCCGGAGCGUCCCCGCCGUCUCUAAUGUCCGCCAGUCUGUGUCGAGACCCGUACUGCCUGAGCUACCACUGCUCGAGCCACUUGUCGAGCGCGGCGAGCGCGAACUGCGCGCAUGACUCUGCGGCCGCCGCUGCGGCGGCCAACGCGCUCAAGUCCGGAUACCCGCUCAUGUACCCGACGCACCCGCUGCACGGCGUGCACACCUCGGCCCCGUCUUUCAGCGGACACCAUUUAUAUCCUUACGGGUUUGUGUUGCCCAACGACCCCCUGCCGCACGUGUGCAACUGGGUGUCUGCUAACGGACCUUGCGACAAGCGCUUCUCCUCCUCCGAGGAGCUCCUCAGCCACUUGCGGACUCACACGGCCUUCGCGGGCACGGAGAAGUUGAUAUCCGGGUACCCGGGGUCAACGUCUCUCGCCAACGCCGCCGCCGCUGCUGCUAUGGCUUGUCACAUGCACAUGCCUCACAAUGGCAGCCCGGGGAGCCCCAGCACACUGGCCCUCAGGGGCCCACAUCACCCACUCGGACUCAGCAGCCGCUACCACCCCUACUCAAAGAGUCCCCUGCCCACACCAGGGGCUUCUGUGCCGGUUCCUGCUGCCGCUGGAGCAUAUUACUCCCCGUACGCCUUGUACGGACAAAGACUGACGACAGCCUCGGCCUUAGGAUACCAGUAGAGACAAAGAAUUAUACAUUUAUAAAAGGAGAUUUAGGCCCAAUGAGUUUUAUAUUGUACUUCAUGCAGGGACUGGAUCCAUGUGGGGAUGAGUGUAUUUAUUUGCGAUAGCUUCAAGCGUGACUAAAAUAAAAAAUAAUUAUAAUAUACA